CUCUCUGCAGAAUGGUGAUCUUGAACUGCUGUGGUCUUGGAAAAAACUCAGCUUGUAAAACAGCAUUUGAAAAAGAUUAAUGUGUUGAGUAGUAGUGAGUUCUUCAAGUUGAGCAUUAAAGGAGAUACAUGUGUAAUGAUGUUUAUACAACAAUUUCCAUUAUGCAUCACUAAUAUUUAGCAUUUUUCACCCAAAGUCAUGUUAAAGUGUCUGCAACAAAGCAGUUCUGUUCCCUCUAGCUGUAUGAUUUCAUUUGAAGGCUGACUUUCUUCAUGGCUUGGAAUAAGUUUGUUGUGUAUUUUUUCCAAAACGAAGAGUCCUCCUUUCAAAAUUUCUUGCAUACCUCUACAGCUCAACCGUUCCUGCCAAAUGCCUGUUUCCAUGUUGUUGAAUGUAACUCAUCAAGUGAUGUGGUGGAGCUAUGUGGAUAUUGACAGUGCAAUAUUCCCUGUUGUGCAGGUAUUCUUCAUCUCCCUUACCAGGGAAAGAAAAUCUAUGGUGCUCCUGGCUCACAACUGCUCAGCCUAUCUUUAGAGAGGACCAUCCUGCACUCUGUUUCUCUACAACGAGGAGUAGCACCCUGAUUUGUACAGAGAAGCAGCAAAACCAGACCAACUCUGCCAUGGCCUUUAGACAUCUUGGCCAUACCUUCAUCACCCCCACUUUGGCAAUUCUCACGGAGCCAGUAUUUCACGAGACAGUGAAUUGUGGUAUCUCCAGAAGUCAUCAGACUUUAACCAACAGAUAUGAUGACCCACACAGACGGCAGCAACAGCAUUUUCUUCCCCUUUCUGUUUUCCCAUUUUUGUAUAACAAACCACUUAAUUAAAGCAAGGAGACAAAAACACAUUUGAGCGCAUAAAUUGAA